GUACUCCCGCUUUAUAAAGCAAGUACCACAAUAAAUACUUAAAUAGUAUACACAUUGUCGGUGGUCUGUUCCAGUAAACACAGUGCUCGGGUUUUCGCUAAUUCAAUAAUUCCUAAUUUUUAAAAAAUGGCGCAUUUUUUCGUUUUGACCGUGCUCGCCUCACUAUUAGUAUCGAUCAACGCUGACGCCGCAUUAGGCGGUGGCUACAGCCGCGGCCCCAGCUCCUUCGGCGGUGGCGGCGGAUACUCCAGCGGGGGUGGCUACAGCAGCGGUGGCGGCGGAUACUCUAGCGGAGGUGGUUACAGCAGCGGUGGCGGCGGAUACUCCAGCGGAGGUGGAUACUCCAGCGGUGGAGGUUACUCUAGCGGAGGAUCCUAUGUUCCAGUCCCAGUAGGACCAUCGACCUACGAAGGACAAUACGUCGACCAACAACUCUUAGAACAAAUCCGUCAAUUGCUGUUGAAAGAAGAAGCUAACUCAGGUUCCUCAGGCGGUUACCCAAGCUCAUCCGGUGGCUACCCAAGCUCAUCGUACGGUGCUCCAUCCUCAUCCUAUGGUGCUCCAUCGUCCUCCUAUGGCGCUCCAUCCUCCAGCUACGGCGCUCCAUCCGGCGGCGGAUGGUCUUCCCGUGUUGUCGGAAUUGAUCUCGAAGGUGUCAAACCAGCCAUUCAAGUUGCUCAAUACCAACAAAGCGGAGGAAGCAGCGGUGGAUACCCAUCUUCUUCAUACGGUGCCCCAAGUUCCUUCGGAGGUGGUUUCUCCAGCCUAGGUGGAUCGUACGGUGCUCCAUCCAGACCAUCGAGCUCGUACGGUGCUCCAUCGUCGUACUAAUUCUCCAUACCCUAGUUUUCUCGCGUGCGCAUCGAAAUUUUCUCUCGUUCGUCUCGGAAUUAAUCUAAAAUAUGCAUUUAUGUAACAUAAAAUUUAUAAUUUAGAUUCUAUUCGCGCGAUUUUUCUCUCCCCUUAUACUCGAGGAAAAUCGACUUGUCAAUCUGAAUGCAAGCAAAAAGUAGCGUGUAAAUGUUUCAUUUCUUUUUUUAAUGUAAAUAUGACUGAGUAUGUUAUUGGAUUUUUUUAAAUUGUUGACGAGCUAAUAUUGCUCCUUUUGUUUUCAUCUAUGCAUAUUACUACGUAUUUUUGUCGUUCAAAAUCCAGCGUUUUCUUUUUUUUUAUUUUUGUUGUAAAUAAUAAACGAAACAUUUUUGUAAGUUACCAAUAAAUUAUAAGUUUUUA